AUGCAAGACCCAUUUGACCAGAAGAAAGCUUCUAUUUUAAAGGAAAUUGGAAUAACUGACGUUGAUACGCCAGAUGCGUCACCAAAGGGAACCAUCGAUGAGAAGUGCCUUCCAAUAAUGCGCAUCAUAAAUACUGAUGCUGACAUGGUCACGACUUCUUCAUGCUCAGGAAGAGUAUCAGUGUUCCUUGAAGGUAUAAAAAAUAAAGCAGAUCUCCAAAUUGGAGCCAAGGGAAAUGAAGGUAGGUGGAUAUUCGUAACGCAUGACUCCAGCGACCUUGCUGACUGGUAUGAAAAUGUGCAAUUCAAGUAUGGUACUCCCACAGAAGUUGACGCUAAUACCAGGUACAUUCUAUAUAAAUUCGAGCCGUUGAUAUUACACGUAAAGUGUCGUAGUUUGGAAUCAGCCAAUGCGCUCUAUACUACAGCCAUGGGGUGUGGAUUCAGAGAGUCGGGGAUUGGAACCAAUAACAUUGUAGCCAUUCGUAUUUCAAUAAAGUUGGAUAUACCUAUUGGAUACUAUAAUUCUGCCAGCGAUUCUUUAGUGCUGAUUGUAGAUAAAAAUUACUUGAAGAUGAUCACGAAGUUAUCAUUGGACAGAUUUCAAGAGAAUGAAAGGAAAAUAAAGGUGCUUGAAGAUGCAAUUGCGCUUAUGAAACAAGGAGGUGCCAAAAGUGCUAAGAAACAGGAGGAGAGUAAGGAAGAAAGGCAAGAGAGAAAGAGAAGAGAGGGAUUGGCUAGAAGGGAAGGCGUGAGAGCAGAGAAGGAGCAGAAGAAGCAGGAAAAGGCUGCAGCAGUAGCGGCAACAGCAGUAGGAGCAUCUGCUCCAGCUCAGCUGUAG